AUGGAGAUCGUGAAGGGGGCACUGCCCACGGUCCUCUCCAAGCUUGGUGAGCUGCUGGUCAAUGAGUACAACCUGCAAAAGGGGCUGAAGGGGGAGAUCAUGUUCCUCGAAGCCGAGCUCAAGAGCAUGCAGGGUGCCCUCGAGAAGGUCUCCAGCACACUACCAGACCAGGUUGACAAUCAGGACAAGAUUUGGACCAGUGAAGUGAGAGAGCUGUCCUACGACAUCGAGGACAGCAUCGACACGUUCAUGGUGCAUGACAAGAGCAGCGAGCUGGCCAGGUUGCAUGGCUUCAAGAAGUUCAUUGAGAGGAGCCUUGAUUUAUUGACAGGGUUCCGUUUGCGCCACAACUUUGCUACUGAAUUCAGAGGUCUGAAAAGGCGGGCCAUUGAGGUGGGCGAGAGGCGAGCGAGGCUCAGGAUCGACGAUGAUGUUGCUAAGCGGGUCACGAUUGACACUCGUAUUUCUGCUCGGUACAAGAAGGUGACAGAGCUUGUUGGCAUUGACGAAGAAAGAGAUAUGGUGAUCAAGAUUUUGAUGGAAGACAACAAAGUGCCAAGGCAACAAGAAAAUGUAGUUUCCAUUUUUGGAUUCGGAGGCCUGGGAAAGACUACUCUUGCUAAUGUGGUGUAUGAAAAGCUUAGAACACAAUUUGAUUGCUCAGCUUUUGUUUCGGUGUCUCAGACUCCAGACCUGAACAAAAUAUUCGAGGAUAUGUUUCAUCAACUUGCCAGGCAAAGUAAUGGAAGCAUCGAUUCCAUCAGAGAAUUCCUUCUGGAGAAGAGGUAUUUCAUCAUUAUUGAUGACAUAUGGGAUAUCUCAGUCUGGAAAAAUAUUAGAUGUGCUUUUCCUAAAAAUAAUUGUGGAUGUAGAAUUAUUACAACUACUCGUAUAUCUGAUGUUGCACAACAAGUUGGUGGUGCUUACAAUAUGAAACCCCUUUCUGUUCACAACUCCAGAAAGUUAUUUUUUAGAAGAAUAUUUGGCAGUGAAAACAAAUGGAACAUGAACAAUGAAGACACAAGAAAAUUACCCGAUGAGGAGCUAGUUGAAGUAUCAGAUAGAAUACUAAAGAAAUGUGCUGGUGUGCCCUUAGCAAUAAUUACAAUAGCUAGUUUGCUAGCCAGUAAAGGAAGAAAUAAAAUAGAGUGGUACGAGGUGUGCAACUCUAUUGGUACUGGACUGGUGGAUGGCCAAGAUGUGGAUAACAUGAGAAAGAUUUUAUCAUUUAGCUAUUAUGGUAUGCCAUCACAUUUAAGGACCUGCCUAUUGUAUUUAAGUGUGUUUCCAGAAGAUUACAAAAUUAACAAAGAUCGUUUGAUACGGAUGUGGAUAGCUGAAGGUUUUAUCAAAUGUAGAAAACAAGGGGACAGCCUAUUGGAACUUGGAGAGAGUUAUUUUAAUGAGCUCAUCAACAGAAGUGUUAUCCAGCCUGUGUGUGAAGUAUACAAUGGCUUGGUGGAUCAUUGCCGUGUACAUGACAUGAUGCUUGACCUUAUUUGCUCAAUAUCAAGUGAAGAAAAUUUUGUUACUAUAUUAAAUGAGGUGCAUCACACAUCUCCAUCAAAAAGUGAUCGGAGGUUAUCCAUUCAAAGUGCAAAGGUAGACCAUGCCUCGCUUGGGGCUAGUAUGAGCAUAGUACAAGUGAGGUCAGUUGUUGUCUUUCCGGUUAAUGUCAAUGUAAUUCCAGCACUUGAGGGCUUCAGAUUUUUACGGGUACUCGAUUUACAAUACUACAAGAUUUCUCAAGAAUGCAGUCUUAGUUUUCUUGGAUAUUUACAUCUCUUGAGGUACCUGGGACUACGGUUCUUCACAAUUAAGCCACUGCCUAAAGAAAUAGGAAACUUGCGAUUUCUACAAGCAUUGGACGUAAAAUGCACUGCAACAGAUUUAGAUGCCGCGAAAUCGAUUGUUUCUUCUAUCUUGCCGUUGACUGUUCUUCAGUUGAGACAUUUGAGAUCCCUACACAUUGCCGAGAGCUAUGUCCUAAAUGGGAUUGGGAGCCUAACAUCCCUUGAAGAGUUGACAGUGUAUGUUAGCCGUCGCUCCAGUGAAAACAUCAUGGAAGAGCUAGGCCAUCUGACGGAACUGAGAGUUCUAUUUAUCACUUUCUACAACAUCCCCGAUGAAAAAUGGGAGGACUCCCUGGUUGGGUUUCUAUGCAAGCUGAGGAAACUCAGGAGUCUAAAUAUCUGGUGGUACAACUAUGAUCUCAACUUGGAUGGCUGGGUCACCCCUCGACGUCUCUGUAGAUUAGAGACGCAUAUGAACCAAUCGGGCUGGGAAUUGUCUAAGCUGCCAGCUUGGAUGGAGGAUUCCUCCCUUCUUGUUGAUCUCUCCGUCAUAUCCAUCCGUUUGAAGGAUCUACAACGGGAGGAUCUAGAUAUCCUGGGAAGGUUGCCAGCUCUCCGCAUUCUACAUCUGGAGAUGAACCAUCGGGGUCGUCGAAUCAUUGGGGGAUUCGCCUUUGUUGCUGGUUCAUUCCCAUCUCUGGUACACUAUAAGUUGCCGAAUAUAGGAGCUGUGGUGUUUCAGAACGGCGCUAUGCGGAGGCUCCAAAUGCUUGAGUUCACGUGCCCUGUGCGGGAGACAAGAGAACUCGCUGGCGGCUUCGACCUGGGGAACCUGCUGUCGCUCCAACAUGUCCAUGUGAAUGUGGAAGCUCACGGCGCCAGCAAGGAGGAGGUGAUGGAAGCGAAGGCUGCACUGGUGCAUGCGACUGAAAACCAUCCCAAUCAUCCGACCUUAGAGAUGUAUGGUGGUUUUGUUGAAGAACGAGAUCGGAUCACGAGGUUCGCACUGCCGAUGAGGAUGGCAGAUGACUCACCUAGAUUUGAAGCUGACGAAUCAUGUACUGCCAACGAUGAAAUUUCAGAUGAUGAGAAUCUUGCAUUGCCCUAG